UGCUGCCAUGGAAACAGUUUAUACGGAACUACUUUCGGAAGUUCACUUGUCAAUUUGAUCCGCCGAAUUUACCGGCAAGUUUAAAAACAACGAUUAUAUUUUAUUCGUAGUAUAUCAAUUGCAUUUUCAUCGUCAAGAAACUUCAUAGCUUGCGUUAAGCUUAAUACAAUUUUUCAACUAGGAUUAUUGACUGUUCCUAAUAUUCGCUUCUACUAAAGUAUCGAUUGGCGUUCGCGAAAGUGACCGCAAAGCAGAAUAAUCUGUUGCUCGUUGUAUUUAAGGAAAUUCCAAUUUCCAAAUGUUUAAUCGAGACAGAGAUCACAAUAGAGCCUGCAGAGGUGGUAGUGGCAGAGGUAACAAUAAAGGAGGUAGUGAUAGUAUUCGUGGUAAUAGCAUUAAUAUAUGCGGUAUACGUGGUAGAGGCACUACUAAUAAUAUCAGAGGUAUUGUAAAAAACAAACAACCUGGAGGAGCUCUUAGAAAAAUCAAUUGGGAUGUGAGAUCUUUAGAACCUUUGCGCAAAGAUUUUUAUAUUGAACAUCCUACAGUAAGAAGCAGAUCAAAAGAAGAAGUAUGCCAAUUCAGAGAAAAUGCAGAAAUAACUAUAAAAGGUGACAAUAUACCUAAUCCUAUUCAAUAUUUUGAGGAAGGAAACUUCCCACCUUAUGUAUUGGAUGAAAUACAUAAACAGGGAUAUUCUCAACCUACAGCAAUUCAAGCACAAGGAUGGCCUAUUGCACUUAGUGGCAGAGAUUUAGUUGCUAUUGCACAAACUGGCUCUGGAAAAACGCUAGGAUAUGUUUUACCAGCAAUUGUUCACAUCAUACAUCAACCACGUCUUGGUAAUGGAGAUGGUCCAAUUGCUUUAAUCUUAGCUCCUACAAGAGAAUUAGCCCAACAAAUUCAGGAAGUAGCUAAUUGUUUCGGAGAAGCAGCAGGUGUAAGAAAUACCUGUAUCUUUGGUGGUGCACCCAAAGGCCCACAGGCACAUGAUUUAGAAAGAGGUGUUGAAAUAUGUAUUGCUACACCAGGUAGACUUAUCGAUUUCUUGGAAAGAGGAACUACAAAUUUACGCAGAUGCACAUAUUUAGUAUUAGAUGAAGCUGAUAGAAUGUUGGAUAUGGGUUUUGAACCUCAAAUAAGAAAGAUAAUUGAACAAAUUCGACCUGAUAGACAGGUUUUGAUGUGGUCAGCUACAUGGCCUAAAGAAGUUCGUGCAUUAGCUGAAGACUUUUUGACUGACUAUACACAUCUUAAUAUUGGUUCUCUGACCUUAUCAGCUAAUCAUAAUAUUAUUCAAAUUGUGGAUGUUUGCCAGGAGUUUGAAAAAGAUUUAAAAUUAUAUAGACUACUUCAAGAAAUUGGAAAUGAAAAAGAAAAUAAAACAAUAAUUUUUGUUGAAACAAAACGAAAAGUAGAUGAUAUAACAAGAAAUAUCAGGCGAGAUGGAUGGCAAGCAUUGAGUAUUCAUGGCGAUAAAAAUCAACAAGAAAGAGAUCAUGUAUUACAGGAAUUUAAAAGUGGAAGAGCUCCUAUUUUAGUUGCAACAGACGUAGCUGCUAGAGGCUUAGAUGUGGAUGAUGUUAAAUAUGUAAUAAACUUUGAUUAUCCAUCAUCGUCAGAAGAUUACAUACAUAGAAUUGGUCGUACUGGACGAAGAAGACAAACUGGUACCGCUUAUGCAUUCUUUACAACUCAUAACAUGAAACAUGCAGGAGAUUUAAUAGAGGUAUUAAGAGAAGCAGGACAAAAUAUAAAUCCACGACUUACUGAAAUGGCAGAGUUAGCUAAAUCAGGAAGUUAUGGAAGCAGAAGUGGCAAACGAUUUAUGAGCAAUGACAGAAGUAAUACUAGACGAGGUAAUACCGAUACCAGAGGAAGAGGUGGUUCUACGAGAGGAAGAGGUCGUGGUGGAAAUUCUUAUCAAUCUACUUCAAACAAUUAUUCAAAUUCGGAUUACAAUAGCUAUAACAAUAUGAGACAAAGUAAUUCAACUAAUCAGAAUACAGGGUAUGGGUAUACACAGAGAACUUAUGGGCAAAGCAAUUUAACUCCAAGUUAUGGAGGAGGAGAUAAUUAUGGAAGUACUUAUCAGUAUAGAGGAACAACAUACUAAAAAUACAUAUACUAUAUUACAAACAAAUUUUACUAUCAAAGUAUGUUAAUAACAGUAUAGUUACAUUUGUGUUAAUCUUAAGAUAAAUAAAAUAAAGAAUACACAAAAUAUGAAACAGAACCAAAAAAUAUCAUGUGUUUUAUAUACAUGA